AUGGAGUGGAUGAGGUUGGGGUUGAUGCGUGGGGGGGGGGUGGUGGGGGGGGGUGAGGGGUGGGGGGGGGCGUUGGGGGGUGGAUGUGGGGGUGGGUGUGGGGUGGGGGGGGGGGGGGGGGGGGGGGGGGGGGGGGGGGGGGGGGGGGGGGGGGGGGGGGGGGGGGGGGGGGGGGGGGGGGGGGGGGGGGGGGGGGGGGGGGGGGGGGGGGGGGGGGGGGGGUGGGGGGGGGGGGGGGGGGGGGGGGGGGGGGGGGGGGGGGGGGGGGGGGGGGGGGGGGGGGGGGGGGGGGGGGGGGGGGGGGGGGGGGGGGGGGGGGGGGGGGGGGGGGGGGGGGGGGGGGGGGGGGGGGGGGGGGGGGGGGGGGGGGGGGGGGGGGGGGGGGGGGGGGGGGGGGGGGGGGGGGGGGGGGGGGGGGGGGGGGGGGGGGGGGGGGGGGGGGGGGGGGGGGGGGGGGGGGGGGGGGGGGGGGGGGGGGGGGGGGGGGGGGGGGGGGGGGGGGGGGGGGGGGGGGGGGGGGGGGGGGGGGGGGGGGGGGGGGGGGGGGGGGGGGGGGGGGGGGGGGGGGGGGGGGGGGGGGGGGGGGGGGGGGGGGGGGGGGGGGGGUUGGGGUGGGUGGGUUGGGCGGGGGGGUGGGGGGGGGGGGGUGAGGUGGGGGGGGGGUGGGGGUGGUGGGGGUUGGUGGUGGUGGUGGUGGGGGGGGGUGUGGGGGUGGGGGGGGGGUGGGGGGGGGGUGGGGAGGGGGGGGGGGGGGGGGUGGUGGGGGGGGAUGGGGGGGAGAGGGGGGGUGGGGGGGGGGGGGUGGGGGGGGGGGGUGGGGGGGGGGUGGUGGGGGGGGGGGGGUGGGUGGGGGGGGUGGGGGGGUUUUGUGUGUGUGGGGGUGUGUUGGUGGGGGUGGUGGGUGGGUGUUGGGGUAUGAUGUUGUUGGGGGGGGUGUGGUGGGUGUGUGGGGUGGUGGUUGGGGGGUGGGUUUGGGGUUGGUGGGUGGUGUGUGGUUGGGGGGGGUGGUUUGUGUGUGGGGGGGGUGGGUUGGGGGGUUUGGGGGGUUGUGUUUUGUUGAUUUUGGUGUUGGGUGAGGUGUUUUAUUUUGUUGGGUUGUGGGUUUGUCGGCGUUUAUUUUUUCUUUUCUUGUUUUUUGUUUUUUUGGUGUUGGUUUUUUUUUAA